AUGGCCCGCAGGUCUCCCCCAGCCCCCGGCAGCGGCAACGCUUCUCGAGCCCGCCCGUCGCCCACGCCCCGCACGCACGCCCUCUCGCCCCCCGCCUCACGCCGCCAGAGCCUGUACGCGAUCGGCGAGGGUCCCGCCAUCCAGUUGCACUGGCUCUUCCGCUCCAACAUCCCCCGCCGCCGUGGCAUGUCUAUGCCCCUGGACGCUCGCAAACGCAACUUUUUCGGAGUCGGAGAGAUCAUCAGUGUAUUGGCUAACCCAUCGGAAACCCUGCGCUCGUUGACAGAAUCCAAGAGGAUGUUGGAGGAGACGAGGAGAGAGCUGGAGGAGGCGAGGGAGCGCGCGCAAUUGACCCCCACGCAUACCUUCUCUCCCCUACCUGGCUUUUUCGAUCGACCAGCGGAGCUGAAGGCGAUCACAAGAGCACUCGAAGGAGAGCCGAGCUUCACGGUGCUAUUCGGGGCAAGCAGUGUUGGAAAGACCGCGUUGCUUCGACAAGUUCUGACCCAACCUAACUAUCAUGUCCUCCAUUUCGACCUUCGCAUCGCUGGGUUUGCAGACCUGGCUAGUCUGUACAUGAGUCUGAGUCAGCAGAUGGAGGGAUUUUUCAUGGCCAUCGCACAAGACUCCGAUAUGCCCGGGUACGAACCGUUCGAGAAGGAGGCAUGGAGCUUCAAACACGAUAGGCUCAAUGUCGAGCGACGUGUGUCUAAUGCUGGGCAAUCAACUGACGCGCUCGGGUCGCCCGUUGGAGACAUCAAAACGAGUGACAUUGCGCGUUUGAUGGAGCUUUUCCAAAGCUCCCUCCUUCGGUAUUGGAACUUCCAACCUUCCCCCGAAGCUCUCCAAGCAAAGCGCCGCGAAGAACACGAAGACGGCCCAAACAAGGCGAAAGGGCGUCAGGAGAAACCGUCCUGGCCGCACCGCAUGUUUUCGAUGCGGCGCAAGCAAGCAGAGAAAGCCGCGCGAGAAAACGGCGACGCAACCCAGACUCAGGAGAAGAAGCCAGAAGCGCCGAUGAAGAAGAUCCCGGUCUUUUUCAUCGACGAGGCGCAUAAGCUCCCUGCGCUCAUUCGCUCGAUCGACGCGAUGAAGUGCCUUCUCGACGCGAUGCUGGUCCUCACGAAACAGGACCGUCUCUGCCACGUCAUACACGCGACGAGCGACCCGUUUUACCAAACGUGGCUGCGCCAACUGAACAUAAUGCAGCAUUGCAAGAUCAUCACCAUCGGCGACUAUCCUAAAGCGGAGACGCGCAAGUAUUUCCGCGAGCGGAUCCUGCCUGGCGUGCCCGAACAGCUGCGCCGUGGUCUGGAGUUCGAGAAGUUGUAUGAGGCGUUCGGUGGCAAGUUUGCACACUGGCAGGAUUAUGUCACAGACUACGUGAACUCGAACGGACGUAUUGACAUACAACAGUCGUCCCACUUCAUCCAAGCACACGCGCUGCUCAACUUGCACGUCAUCCACUCUUCGCAGGCCUCCCCUAAUGGGCAAGCCGCAGGCGAAUCUCCAGGCGCGCAGAACAAUGAAGACGCGUCCACUCACGCCAUUCACCGUCUCUCCCCACCAAUGCCCAUGAACACGGGCACCGGCCCAUCCGGCCAAGGCUUCCGCAUUUACAGCCCGCUCCAAACCCCGCACCAGUCCCCGUCCACCUUCCUCGGCGUGCCCUCCGGCAGCGGCAUCAUGGGCGGCGGCGGUGGCCACAGCGGUGCGAGCGCGAGCAACGGGGAAGAGGCGCCCGUCUUCCAGGCCGACUUCUCUGCGCUCCAGCUGCUGCGGGUGAUGAACCGGCUCGCGCAGCCGCGGACGCGCGCGCUGCCGUACUUUCUGCUCUGCCGCGAGAUGGGCGCGCGCGCGAUCGACGGGAUGGUCAAGGGCCGGAUCCUCGACCUCCGCUGGACGGAGCCGGUGUCGCGGGACACGGCGACGACGAUGGGGGGCGCGGGGAGAGCCCCCAGGGAAAGCGUGCGGCUGCAGCUUGGGCAGCGCGCGGCGGCAGGGGCGACAGCGAUGGAGAGGGAGAGGCAAGAUCCGGGAAGCAGCGGGACGGCCGUGGAUGAGCUCGAGGGCGCGGGUGCUGGCGCGGGGCCCAGCGGGGCGAGCGUCGGUCCGAGCUCAGCGGUCGGUGCUGGGGCCGCGACGGGGGCGGGGGCGGGGGCGGGGGCGACGGGGAUGCGGCCCGAGACGGUGUGGUCGGACGCGGAGAUGGAGCCGAUGUCGGACGAGGAGAUCAUCCGCGCGCACGAGCGGCUUGCAGGGCUUGCCCCGCCGUACCCUGCUUCGGGCGAAGAGGAAGAAGAGGUCCUGGGCCCGAAGCUCGUCCCGAUCUCGCCGAUCAUGCGGUUCGCGAUGGUCGAGGUCGUGCAGGAGUACUACGCGGACGAGGACCGGACGGAGAGCGAGUACGCGUCGCUGUCGGACGUUGAUGUCGAGGAGUACUAG